UCGAAAUACAUUUGUCGUAUAUGCAAGCCAAAACAAUUGUUAAGUCACGGAGUCCAUUGGCCGUCGCCCAUAAGAGUUCAUCUAUAUAAAGAGGGAAUAAAGAGUUUGCCAGCCAUCAAACAGCAGGAGUAAUAACAGUCAAAGCCGCAGCAUUUGGCACAGUGAACAAUCCGAAGACGUUCGCUAUAUGUUAACGCGUCUCAGUUACAAUUCAAUACGCGAAAUGCGAACAGAUACUAUACGCUGGAAAUAAAAUACUACACUCUAUAAAAAGAAGAAGCCCCGAAAAAAACAGCAGACGAAGAAGCAACGCGAAGAAAAAAAGAGACCGAAGAAGAAGAAGAAGAAGAAGAGUAAAAGUCUGGAGUGAGAGAAAGAGCAGAAAUGCAAAUAAACAAUCGAAGAGUGAGUGUGUAAACAUUAAAAAAAAAAAUACGGAACAAUAUUAAGAAGUGGUUCUCACCUCUUUCUCUUUCUGCCUGGUGAUCGUUCGAAUGCGCGCGCUCGCGCUCACGCGGUGUAUCUCUUCCGUGUGCGUACACACGGUGUGUAUGUGUGUGCUUUGGUGUCGUCAACUGACGGAAUUGUUUGUAUGUUAACGGAUCCCAACCACUGACCACGUACAAUACAAUUUUUCGAAAUGGUUUAUUCGCACCAGACAAAACAACGCAACAACGGUCGAAAAAAGAGCAACGGUCAACUAUAACCAGAAAUCACACCAAAAUAUUUCAGUCGCUUCUUGACCAUCAAAUCGAUUGUUACACCAACAAAAAUCUGCACGCGCACAACCAUCUCAUUUUAUUUCUCCGAGGCAUUUUAGUAGCAGCAGCAGCAGUAGCAGAAGAAGCAACAGUUUUGGUUGAACAGUUUCGUGUUGGAAUAUUUACGAGAGAGAGAGAGAGAGAGAGAGAAAAAGUAACCGAACAUUUACCAAAAAUAAAAACACACAAUCCAAAAGACGAUCAGUAUCUCAAAUAAAGAAGUGAAAAGUGGUUUAGAAAAGACACGGUGUGCUGUGAUUCAUAUAAAUAUAUAUAUAUAUAUAUGGAAAAAGCCAUGCACUCAACUUACAAUCGGCUUUAGUGUUUUAUGUGAUAAACGAAAAAUUAAGCAGUGAUUGAGCAUAGAAACGAAAGAAUAAUGGAUCAUCUGAGCAAAUACCGGAGAAUGUAUAUGAUAAAAAGAUCCUCGUUGCUGCUAUGGAUCUUAAUAGGAUUAGUGUGUACCUUACUUUUAUUUUAUCGUGCCGAAGAAAGGAUUUCCAAAACUACCACCGACCAAAAUAUUGGCUCAACAUCAUUGAAUGCGGGUGAUAGCAACCAAAGCACAGACGAUGAGAAUAACAGCAUUGAAUAUCAGCCGUACUAUGCGCAAAUGCGAUCAACUCGUAUUCCGGAGGUAAUACCAAGCGCCUAUGAAUUGAAUAACACACGAAAAGCGCUACAAGAAAUCCUAUUCUUCAAUCGUGUGCCCAAGGUGGGCUCGCAAACAUUUAUGGAGCUCAUGAAGCAGUUGGCGUACAUGAAUGAUUUUCAUUUUCAUCGCGAUGGAGUGCAACGUGUUGAGAUGAUUCGUUUGAGUAUGCAGCAACAGUAUGAUUUGAGUACGGCUAUUUCGAGUUUGCCGCCACCUUCGGCGUUCGUUAAACACGUUUGCUUCACGAAUUUCACCAGUUUUGGAUAUCCAAUGCCGAUCUACAUAAAUUUGGUUCGAGAUCCAGUUGAGCGUGUCAUUAGUUGGUUUUACUAUGUGCGAGCACCGUGGUAUUUUGUGGAACGAAAAAGAGCCUUUCCCGAUUUACCAUUACCCGAUCCCGAAUGGCUGAAGAAGGACUUCGAAACGUGUGUAUUGACCAGUGAUCCCGAAUGCGUAUACAAUCAAGGUGUUCGACGCGAAGGCAUCGGUGAUCAUCGACGUCAAACUCUCUUUUUCUGUGGACAUGAGCCCGACUGCACGCCGUUCAAUUCGCAAGAAGCAUUGGACAAAGCAAAACGAGCUGUCGAAGAAAAUUAUGCGGUGGUUGGUGUUCUUGAAGACUUAAACACGACAUUUGCUGUCUUGGAGCAUUAUGUACCACGAUUUUUUAGGGACGUCAAUCGAGUAUAUCACGCCAGUGAAAGCGUUCGCAUCAAUCGGAAUGCAUUUAAGCCGCCGGUCAGCGAAUAUGUGAAAGAUAUUGUACGCCGAAAUUUCUCUCGUGAAGUGGAGUUUUAUGAAUUUUGCAAAGAUCGUCUCUACAAGCAAUAUCGUGCAUUGAAAUUGCCAAGCGGUAAAAGUACGGUUGCAUCAACGCGCAAUACUCUUUAACAGCAGCUACAACAACAGCAACAGCAACAGCAACAUCGAACGAAACAAAUAUCGAAUGUGAUCGAACGAAAACCCAAAAAGGCUGAUUGAAAAUGACACUGAUGCGACUGACGAAUUAUCUAACUUCAACCAUACGUUUCAAAAUGGAUGCGUCUUAUCGACCGCAAACUGUUUCGAAAGUCGCUAGUGUAUGACUGUGUAUGCAUAGCCAUUCAAUACCACAAUGACAACAAUAACAACAACAAAACUUAAACAAUAAAUAAUAUGUGUAGGAAAUAUAUUUCAGUUCAAAUUGAUUUAGAAAUAAAUUAUUUUUUUAUCAACAAAA